UUCUUUUAACUUUUAAUUUCAGAUGUAAGGACAAUAUUUAAAUCAAAGUUUUCUAAAACUGAAAUCUGCAUUUAUGCAUGUAAUAAUCCUAUUAAAUACCUCCGUAGAGGAUCAAGAAAUCACGCAAGAUGGCUGCCGUAUUAACUGUGUACAGUGUACACCCACGUGCUCUAUAUCGGUUUGAGAGGAGAUAGAGAACUAUGGAUGGAGACCACACACUCACAAGAACUUAUUUAACGCAGUCGUUCCGUAGAUCUUGGAACAGGUUCCAACGGAGCUGUAAACAAGACCUUGCACACGCUGUAAUGCCGGACGAAAAAAGUGAAACCGCGGAGAAAUGGCUGAGUGAGAUCAAGAAAGAAGUAAUAAAGGUGGCGGGGACUCCCACUGGAGAGAUUCCUUAUAUAGAUGACGAAACUGAAGAGGGUGGUGGAGUAAUUAGUGUGGUCCAAGAACAGAUUUCUGAUCUGAAUUUCUCAGAUACUCCGCGUCUAGCAGAGCCGGAGACAGAUAGAAGUAUAUCAGAGAAUGAAUUGCGGCAUGAGAGCACUAAAUCCAAACCAAACCCCGUCCAACCAUACCUACAGAGGCUUUUCAGAAGAAAGGCGAAGUCUAAUGAAGAUGAAGAUGAACCCUUGAAGUUUCCAUCCUGGUAUUCUAGCGGAGCUCGUAGUAAUAAUAUUCAUAGAAGCUCUACAUUCCCCUCUCCGAUACAAUGUACAGGAUCGUUAAUACCAACACAACCAGGAAAAGAGACGAUUAUUGAACAGGCUGAGUCAAAAGGAGCAUUUGGUCCUCGAAAUUCGAUAAAGAAAAGGGUGAUAAAACAGCUUCAGAAAUCUCUUCAGACCCUGAAGCAAGAUAUAGUUGAAGCCCCGAAGGUGCCAAGCGCCCCAACUCAGGCGGAGGAAAUGAAACAGACCAAGGAUGAGCACACUAAACAGAUAGAAAAAAAGGUUGCAGUUCUCCAAAGAAGAGUCAGUUUUCAAGAAGAGGAUUGGGAUAAAUGUGCUGCAAGUUUAAAACCAUUCCCAGGUGCCGGGGCUGGAGCUAAAACACACCCUGUUAUACUGGUUAAACCAGUUCCUGCAGACCGGAAACUUAUCAGGUCUUUGUCUGAUAUAGCAUCAGUUCAAAAAGCUGCAAAGAAAAUGCGCAAAAGUUCUGAAAAAGAUCCGAAAAAGAAGAAAAUGAUGAAGGAAUGGAGUAAGACGUAUGAAGGGAUGUGCGUACGAGCGCAUAAGUUAGAACAGGCCAUAGAAUCAGCCGAGAUGGAGGAUCUGACCGUAAAACCGGUUCAUCAGCUGAUUACUAAAACUGAGCUGGAGAAAAGAAAAAAGAGUAGAAAGUGGAAUUCAUUGGAGGAGGGUGGAUCGUUUUUCUCUAUAUUCUCUCAUCAGUCUAGUGAAACCAUCACUAGUAUCGAGCUAAAUGAUGAUAUAAGUGAAUCGACGAACUGCGACGAAGAGAAGAGAGGUCGUCGGCUGGAUAGGAAUAGAUCAUUCGAUAUGAGCAUCACCUCUAUCAGUUCAAGCAUUACGUAAACACUA